AAAAAAAAAAACCCUCAACUUCAAAGAGUCACAAAUCACCCUUAAUCAAAAAGGGUGCAGAAAUUUUUUUGGGCCCUCCCCGCCAUGAGCUCCUACGUAGCCAAUUCAUUCUAUAAGCAGAGCCCCAAUAUCCCUGCCUAUACCAUGCAAACUUGUGGGAACUAUGGAUCGGCCUCAGAGGUGCAGGCAUCCAGGUACUGCUACGGCGGAUUGGACUUAAGCAUCACUUUCCCACCGCCUGCGCCUUCCAACUCUCUCCACGGGGUAGACAUGGCUGCCAAGCCCCGGGCUCACCCCGACCGCCCCGCCUGCAGCGCCGCAGCUUCGGGACACGCUCUGGGCAGAGACGAAGCGGCUCCUCUGAACCCCGGGAUGUACAAUCAGAAGGCGGCUCGGCCGGCGCCGGAGGAGCGAGCUCAGAGCGGUGGGGAGAUCAAAGAGGAGCAGGCGCAGACAGGGCCAGCCGCCGGACUGAGCCAGCCACCGGCCCCGCCACAGAUUUACCCGUGGAUGACCAAACUGCACAUGAGCCACGAGACGGAUGGCAAGCGGUCCCGAACCAGUUACACGCGCUACCAGACCCUGGAACUCGAGAAAGAAUUUCACUUUAACCGCUACCUCACUCGCCGGAGGCGCAUAGAGAUCGCCAACAACUUGUGUCUCAACGAGAGACAGAUCAAGAUCUGGUUCCAGAACCGCAGGAUGAAGUGGAAGAAAGAUUCCAAAAUGAAAAGCAAAGAGGCUCUUUAAAGGAAGCGGGGAGGCCCGCAGAGAGCACCCCGGUGGGCUUCCGUCCUUGCGCCUUCCCUUCUCGGUUUUCCUCUUUCUAGAUUUUUUGGGGCUGAGGCUCAGACCUCUAACACAAAAGCUCAUUUCCCUGGCAUUCUGCAUCCCCACCGUCCCAGGGUUCCUCAGGGCCGCCUGCCCUGCCUGGCUCCCCUCAGCUUAGCUGGGUACCUGCCCCCCACCCCGCAUGCUCUUUAGGGCUUGCCCAGAGGGCUGUGGGCACUGCAAGGCUCGGUUGGAUGAAUCUCAGCCUGGGCUGCCUCUUAAGCUAGGCUCCAACCCCUAGCUUGACCUGCCUGAGCUAAGGUGGGACCAGCCAGCUUCAGCCCUUCACUCCGACCUCCACCUCGCCCUCUUCUUUGUUUCUGUCUAGGCAGGCCAGGCCGCUGCAGGCUGGCGAGAGAGUGGCAGAGUCUAUGGCAAGACUCGGGGUGCUUCCUAGUAACUACUAGCCUUUACAGCUACCAAAUUCCGUCUUUACUUAUUAAUUAAUAAUUUGCAUAUGAAAGGGGGAGAUGAGUGAAAAUGGGCCCAGGGCUCUGGAGGUUGCUCUAUAGUCUCCAAACCUACUCCGAUCCCCAAAGCCUGUGAACCUCCCCAGCCUGGUCUGCUGCAUGCCCUCUCAGGUUCACAGCCCCAGCCUGCUAGCUAACUCAACCGCUGGAGUCUUCUGCCCUUGGACUGCUGCAAGUGGUACUCGAGGUUCUUUGCUAUCUCAUAGUUCCUGCCAUGACUUUCUUGUCCUCCUGUCCCAUCGCAGUUGCCCAACUAUUUAUUGACUCCAGGUCCUUCCCGAAACUAUAUUUUGUCAUAUCAAAUAAAGACAAAGAAAGAAAGGACAAAAGAUGCAAUGGCUUCCGUCUGUUUAGGGCAUGUACUGGGUAAAAGUAUCUAAACAGGCCGUGAGGUGUAGGUGAGGUUCAUAGUCACCCCCUUUAAAAAGCAAGAAGAGAGGGGAAGACAGGUCUUUCCAGAGUCUUGGUUCCCCAAAGUGCCUCUGAGGAAAGAUAAAGGCACCAGGGCCUCAUGUACUGGCUUUUCUCAUGCUGUGGUUGUCCAAGGCCUCUGCACCCCACUUCCAUCUUGGCAGAAUGAGGCUUCUAAGUUGUCUAUAGUCUCUACACUAAUAUGUGUAAUAUGUGAACUAUGUGUAAGAAUCCGUCUCAGGCCCUUCUCUACUAGAACUGGGCUA